AUGAGCUCUGAAGCAUUCCGUGAUUCUACAUCGAACUCAUCUCCGCUGCCUCUGCCGCCGCCGCAGAUUGCCAGCUUCCCCAUUCUCGCCAUAUCCGUCGUUGGAAUCCUGGCCACCUCCAUCCUCCUCCUGAUCUGCUACGUCUUCGUCAUAAAAUGCUCCCUUAACGAGCACCACUUCCACCGCCGCCGCCGGGGACACGGCCACUCAACCUCCCUUUCACCUGCCGCCGAUCAACUCGGGGUCGCCGAAUCCACCAUACGCGAAAUCCCGACGCUUCGCUACCGACAGCUAAGGGUCGGCGCGGCAGAGUGCGCCGUCUGCCUCAGCGAGUUCCAGGAACAGGAGAGGAUCAAGCUGCUGCCGAACUGCCGCCAUGUCUUCCACAUAGAUUGCAUUGACACAUGGCUUCAAUCCAACGCCAAUUGCCCGCUCUGCAGGGGAAGCAUCGUGGCUCCGAUUCCACUCCAUCCUCUCGCCUUGACAUUGGCUCUGCAACGGGGUCAUCCUCAUGAGGUGGUUCUACAAAUAAGAGACGAAGAAAGAAAGAUUGAGUUUUCAGGGAGCAGAGGAGAUGAAUGCAUUGAUGUGGGGAAGAAGGAGGAGAAGCUCCGCUUGCAACCCUUGAGGAGGUCCUUCUCUGCGGAUUCUUCUGGGGACAUGCAGCUUCACGUGGCACUGCAGAGGAUCUUGCAGAAAAGCUCGCACGAGGAGAGCAGCUUCGGCGGCGGAAGAUCCCGGUGA